ACAAAUCCAAUACCUAUCGAAGAUAAAAUUCGUCAUAACCAAUUUGUUAAACAUGCAGUUGUCGUUGGAAAUAAUCGACCAUUAAAUUGUCUUUUAGUUGAACUCAAUUUCGAUAAUUUAAAAAAUACGCCUUUCUUGGAAAUCACAAAAAGUAUUAUUGACUCUGUUCAUCAAGCUAAUGUUGACUGUCCAUCACAUUCUCGAAUUUUUGACGAAAUGGUUUAUAUCUUACCUCUUGAAGGAAAAACCUUACCUAGAACCUUUAAAAAUAAUAUUCAACUAAAUGGAAAAGUUGUUCAGAAUGAGAAAUCCUUUUCUGAUCGUCAAUGGAAUGAAGAUUCCAUAAAAACUGUUGUAUUAGAUUCUCUUAAAUUAGCUAUUGGAGAUUCAUUUUCAUCAACUAACGAAGAGGAAACUUCAUUCUUUGCUCUUGGUCUAGACUCUUUAUCUGCAACCAAAUUACGAUCUAUUCUUCAAAAACAAUUUUCGGCUAUCAACCUUUCUCAUGAUGUGAUUUUCGAAUAUAAUACAUUCAAAAGUCUUACACAUUAUUUGACAAAAAAUUUAUUAAAAAACAACACUCAACAAAGUAUCGAAGAUGGCUACGAAGCAAAAUUACAAGCUCUUAAAAAUGAAGUGGAUUCAUAUAUCCAAAAAUAUAGUAAAACUGAUGAUUUUCCUUCCCAAGGAAACGUUAAUAAUGGAAUUAAUGAAAUCGUAAAUGAACAAAAUGGUGAAACGGUCCUUAUGACAGGAGUUACUGGAUCCCUUGGCUCUUUUCUCCUCCGUGAUUUGUUAAAAAAUCCAAAUGUACUUAAAGUUUAUUGUUUGGUGAGAGCGUCAGAUGAAAAUCAUGGAUGGACUCGAUUAAAGGAUUCAUUUGAACAACGUAAUUUGGAUACUUCAUUAUUAUCUAAGGAACGAGUUAUUAUUUUACCAAGUGAUUUGAGUGAUUCAAAACUUGGACAAACCGAAAAUAUUUAUUCAAAACUUGUACAUGAAACAACACAAAUUUAUCACGUCGCUUGGAGAUUGGACUUUAAUAGCAAAAUCGAAGCUUUUGAACGUGAAAGCAUCGGUGGAACUGUUCAUCUUCUUAUGCUCGCUCGUGAUGCAUAUGCUCAUCAUCAAAAUGUUCACUUUAACUUUACCUCAAGUAUCAGUACAACUAUUGGAUCAAAAACGAAUAUUAAAGAGGAUGAAUUACCUCAAGAUAUUGCAAAUGCAAUGCUUAAUGGAUACGGUUUAUCAAAAUUCGUUACUGAACAUGUAUCCGCAGAAUGGUCGCGAAAAAUUGGGUUUAAACUUGACAUUCAUCGUGUUGGACAAAUUUGUGGAGAUUCAGUUACGGGGGUUUGGAAUACUCGAGAACAUAUUCCACUUAUGAUAAAAGGUGCUCAAGUUAUGAAAGUUAUGCCGAAUUCAUAUUCUUCAAAUGUAGAUUGGAUUCCUGUUGAUGUUGCAUCUCAAAGCAUCAUUGAUAUUUCCUUGAACGCACCUUUUGAAAAUGAUGGUGAUUAUGUUCGAGUUAACCAUAUACUUAAUCCAAAGAUAACCACAUGGGAUGAAUUCUUAGAAUCUUUACAACAAAGCGGGAUAGAUUUUAAGAUUGUUUCAAACGAAGAAUGGUUAAACAUAUUAUUAAAUACUCCCGAAUAUCAAAAUGUGGAUAAAAACCCAGUGGUCGCAUUAUCGGGAUUUUUCGAAAAGGCUAUGAGCGAAUCAUCAGAUAAGAGCGAAAAACAUGAACCAUUAUUCGAAACACAUAAGUCAGUAAAUCGUAGUUUAGCACUUUCUAAUUGUCAAAAAGUUGAUGCUAAAUUAACCAAAUUAUUUAUUAAUAAUUGGAAAAAAAUUUCAUUCCUAGAUUAA